GCUGGUCUCGCAGUGCCGUGCUGGAGCUGUACCGUGCGCUGCUCCGCGCAGGGCGUCAACUUCAGUACACUGAUCGCAAUUACUAUCGUCGUGCCGUGGCUCGCGAGUUUCGCCGCUGCCAAGCCCUGACGGUACCUGAAGAUAAGGAGGACGCACUGAAGAGGGGCCAGUUCUUCCUCAACAGCCGAUUGGGUGGGCUUAUGUAGGGGAACAGGUCACGGGUUAAAGGUCAUCUGGAGGUGUAUCUCCCAGUGAAAGGAUGGCGGGCGUGAAUGGAGACCGUAAAGGGAAGAAAGAUGACAAUGGGAUUGGCACAGCCAUUGACUUCAUGCUCUCCAAUGCUAAGCUUGUGCUGGGGGUGGGAGGAGCAGCCAUGCUCGGCAUUGCAACGCUUGCUGUCAAAAGAAUGUAUGACCGUGCUAUAAGUGCGCCCACCAGCCCCACCAAUAUGGAGCCGACGGGAAAGAGAAGCUGGGAGGAGCCCGCCUGGAUGGGCUCGUCACCACGGGUACUGAACCAUGGAAUGAAGUCCACAGUUAGCAGGUCGCUACAGUCUCUGCCUACUUCCUCCCAUGCUUUUGAACCAGACAGCCUAUUUGGAGGAUUCUUGCUCUUCCUUUACAACUGUCUGCGGAGGGCUGUGGGUCAAGCAGCUGUGGGAGGCAGCGGUGCCACUCAGUCCGACCGGCAGCGGGCCCGAAUGCGUUUGUCCCUGCACGAACAUCUGUGGGAGUUCUACCAAAAUAAUGUAAACAUCCCUACUGAGGAGCAGGCUGUGGCUAGGAGGGCUGCACUGGACAUUUGUGCCGAACUCCGAGUUUUCCUUCAUGCCAAACUGCCUGACAUGCCGCUCAGAGAGAUGUACCUGAGUGGCAGUCUGUACGAUGACCUGCAGGUGGUGACAGCGGACCACGCCCAGCUCAUGGUGCCUCUUAUCUUGGAGAAGAACCUGUGGUCGUCCAUCCCCGGGGAGGACACCAUCAUGAAUGUCCCAGGUUUCUGGCUUGUCCGCAGGGAGAAUUUGGAGUAUUUCCCACGGAACAGCAGCUACUGGGACCGGUGCAUGGUCGGAGGCUACCUCUCCCCUAAAUCAGUUCUCGAGGUCUUUGACAAGCUCGUGGCUGGCUCAAUCAACUGGCCAGCUAUAGGGAGUGUCCUCGACUACAUCAUUCGUCCUGUGGUUCCCUCAGAAACACUGACCCUGGAGGUGCAGUACGAGACAGACCGGAAACUGUACGUGGACUUCCUACCGUUACUUGUGAUGGAAGAUGGAACCUCGCUGAUAGCCAAACCACAUCGACUCGCCGCAGAGCGCCACGAAAACUUGUGGCGGCAGAGCUUCCGUGUGGCCGAGACGGCGCGACUCAGGGCCCUGGACCAGGAGGACGGAGGCUGCCGGUGCGCCUGCCUAAAGCUGGCGAAGGCCGUGUGCAAGCUCAACCCUGCCCUCAACCGACUCAACGCCAGCCAACUCACCAACACCAUCUUAUUGCUGUGUGAAAAAGAAGGCGACUGGACCCAAGAAGCGCUGGCCGACCGGUUCCUACAGCUGCUACGAGCGCUAGUGGGACACCUAGAGGCCGGGAGGCUGCAAUGUGCCCUCAGCCCUAAAGUUAACUUAUUCUGUGAGCUGACUGAACAAGAAGUGGACGAGCUGGGAUAUACGCUCUACUGCGCUCUCUCAGAUCCGGAGGGGUUGUUGAGAACUGCUGUGGCACAGCCGCCCCAUCCCUGACAACCUCGUAUGAUAACAUCACUAAACGACAACAUAACAUUCAAAUUUCAACAACCGAUUUUUGGGUAAUGAGAACCUAGAGUCAUGAUGAGGUUCCUAGGGGGAGAAACAACUUCAUGGAACUGGAAUGUUAACUUUUCCUGAAACGCUGGACCUCUUCAGUCUUAAAUGCCGUAAAAGUCAGUAAGAAAAUGGGAUACAAACGGUAGCAGUUACUUUGUGUUGAGGUCUGUUUGAGUGUUGACGCGAAAGCUGUAUAUGUUGUGAUCAAGCAAAGCCCUAUUGGAGCUCAUGGCCCUCACCCAAGCCAUUGUAUUAAUGAAGUUAAGAGCAGACAUGCUGUUAAGACCUGAUGCAUUGGAAUAUAGGGAUUGUACUUUGCGUUGGUUGAUCAUAUUAAAAUGGCAGGGGAAGACAGUAUGUCAUGCUAUUUUUAACUUGUCUGAGUUUUAGGACGGACAUGUCCAGUGCAGGUAAAUGUUGUAUACUCUGUUUUGAGAUAAGUCCAAGCUACUGUGUCAUGGACAGAGUGUGAUGUUGAUUAUGUGUAUGCCAACCCAAAAGCUAAUAAAUUCAUAUCAGCCUAAGGAGACAAGCUGUCUUUUCAUGCUCCUUUUUGUCAGUUAAUAUAGAAAGUACUGCUAGUGUUUUGAUCGAGUUCAGUUUGAAAUGGUUUGUUAGAACUUCAUUAAUACAGUGGCUGCGGUCAAGAUGCAUGAUGCUGUCAACAUUUCCAUGGAUCUGUGACAACAGGCAUUAAGCUGUUAUUGGAAUGUGUGCAGCUUGCAUGUGUUAUAUUUACCUAAUCUAGAAGCUGUCUCUUUGUAGUAUUUCUAACUCGCACCAUUCAACUAUAAAUCUGAUGGAAAACUGAUAUACAUCCAAAAUGUGGAACAUUUAUACCAGUCAUGAGGUCUGAACAACACAGCGCAUCCAUUUUCUCAUUAACUUUAGGCGAUAACGGAAAAUGUUUCCACGUGACUGUUUAAUACAGAGCUGUUCUUUGUUGUGAAAAGAAGUUUUCUUCUUUAGUCUCACCAUUGAUGCAUAGGUCUGAUGUGCUUUCUUUAUUUAUUUUUUGCACUGUCAAAAUGUUAGUAAGUUGGUCAAAAGGGUUUCUGUAGGACGAUCAAGGUGCUUUUGUCUACUGGUUUUUGCUUUUAAUUUCACUUUCGACAAAAGGAUAACCUUUUAAUAUUGACAUAGGUAGUACUAAAAAUCAGCGUUGGCUGAAGACAACACACUGCAGAAAACAUUAUACUAAUGGUUGUCAUUUGGCAAAUUAGUCUCAGUAUUAACUUCCUGGCCUGAUUGCAGUUAGAGCCUUCAGCCUGUCACUGCUGCAGUUUCAGUACUGUGUCUGUAUGCACACCAGACCACAUUAAACCCUGAUGACGUUAUAGGUGCCCAGUCUGUCUAGAAUAGGUAGCCCAGACAGGGAUUAGUGGCGUAAAGGAGGCCAUGCUGUUGGUCAGUCCUGCUCUGUACGUGAAGUGUACCAACAACACAUCACCUGUGGUGAUGAUCAAUAUUCAGGCUGCUUCUGUCUGCCAGGACUACGUGUAUAAUUGAUAGAUUACAGGUGCUUAUCUCUUUUAGAUCUGGUAGAGCCGGAUCUACUCACAGAUCCUCCGUUAUAUAAAAGCAGCUUUGACAGCAGAGGUUCCUGACGCUAGAUUAGCCUGCUAAUCAUUGCAGGUGACAGCAGGUGGAGUCAUUACAGCUGCCAGACUGUCAAGGGGAGUUUGUGUCUUCGUUGUAAAUGACAUCCUAAAGUGAUGUCCGAAAUAAUAAAAUACUUUUUGUUCUCACUUGUAGCCUUAGAAUGGAAAGGAAAUGUAGAGAUAUGGAGCAAGUGUCCUCUGAAUCCCCAGCCCACUGUUUGUAUUGUGUACAAUAUGAAGGGUUGUUUAGUUCUCUUUUUCAUUCAGUUAAUCAUCCAGGUAACAAAGAAAUUAAAGGGGAAUAUUUUUGUAUUUAUUGUACAUUUGUAACCAAAAAAAGAGCAGAUUAUUUAUUUCUGUUCCAUUCAACAUGUAAAUGACCACUUCUUGUGCUUAAGUCCUGGAUGUACCGAUAUA